AUGUCCGACUCUGACAGUGCAGCUGAGAUGUCUGCCCAGCCUCAAACUCCUAACCCUACUCCUUGUGUUAAUCAAGAACCACCGAACCCUGGGAUCACCAUUUCCCUCCUUGAAAUUGGAUCACUCCCCCCUUUCUGCUGGAGUUCCCUCCCAUCACCAAAGAAUAGUAUCCGUCCUCUAACAAGACCAAGGACGGUACAGAAAUUUAGCAAUCUCUUAAGAGAUGUUAGAGAUGUUCUUAAAAGUAUAGCAGGCUUUGAAGAGCAGCCUACAGAAGUCAGGGAGUCUUUUGACGAUGCCAGUACUUCCAAGGAUAUGUCAGAACUUAAAAUCAGAGGUGUUGAUAAGAGAAAUAAAAUGAGAUUUAAAGAUAUGCUCUUUAAUUUCGACCCAGAGAAAGAACAGAACACAAAGAAGCAGGAGACGAUAUGGAAUAACCAGGGAGCUAAGAACAUGAUGCAUGUGUAUGCAAGGGAUCUGUGCCAUUCAGAAGGAAAGAGAGGCUGUGAUGACAUGCAGCUGAAUAUGGAAAGAGGCCAGUACGGAUGCCAUCACUUCUGUGGGAAAUACGGAAGAGUCAGGAACAACACGGAGCAGCCACUGCAGGAAACAGAUCACUGGAGCACACAGCGAGACGAGCUCGGCGAUAUAAUGAAGUCGUACCAGGAUUGCCAGAAAGAAGACAGGAGAGAAUCUUUUGAAAACAAUCACGUCUCUUUCCAAACGGAGUCCGACGAGGAGCCCUCCUCCAAGCAGGAGCUGGAGGCGCAGGUGAGGAAGUUGAGCCACGACACGCACUCGCUGCAUUUGAUCGCAGCCCUGCUGCAGAAUGAGUGCCAGAUCCUCCAACAGAGGGUAGACAUUCUCAGAGAGUUCCAUCUCCACGAAGCGGGGUCCCUGCACGAGAGGCCAGUACUGUUGUACCAUGUGUACGACAGGAAAAGUCAGAAGUCAGCAGAAGCAGACAGGGUGGAAGGGAGCAGACAGCCUGCGAGGGUAAUAGAGGGCGGGAUUCCUAGGAGAGAGAAGAUCUUGCGGGGCUGCGAUGCUUGUCUGAAUAAGAAAGCUCGGAACAACCGCUUCAACACCCGCGUUGCAAGAAAAACCCUCUUGGUGAAAAAGAGACCAAUUAGCAACAGCUUCCGGUAAGAAGCCAU